CUCCUCCUCCUGCUCCCGCCCCGCGGUGCUGGCGUGAAGCGGGCGCGGAGCAGCUCGGGCAGCGCGGAUCGGGGCUGGUGGGGAGGGCAGGAAGGGGGCACAAAAUAAGCAAGGAAGAAGGGGGGGAAAAUGGCGAACGAUUCUCCGGCCAAAAGUCUGGUGGACAUCGACCUGUCCUCCCUGCGGGACCCAGCUGGGAUUUUUGAGCUGGUGGAAGUGGUUGGCAAUGGCACCUACGGGCAAGUGUAUAAGGGCCGACAUGUCAAAACAGGUCAACUGGCAGCCAUCAAAGUCAUGGAUGUUACUGAGGAUGAAGAAGAAGAAAUCAAGCUGGAGAUAAAUAUGCUAAAGAAGUACUCUCAUCAUAGAAAUAUUGCAACCUACUAUGGUGCUUUCAUUAAAAAAAGUCCUCCAGGGCAUGAUGAUCAGUUAUGGCUUGUUAUGGAGUUUUGUGGAGCAGGAUCUAUCACAGACCUUGUGAAGAACACAAAAGGGAAUACUCUGAAAGAAGACUGGAUAGCAUACAUCUCAAGAGAGAUUCUCAGGGGCCUGGCACAUCUCCAUGCCCACCAUGUGAUUCAUCGGGACAUCAAAGGGCAGAAUGUAUUAUUGACAGAAAAUGCAGAGGUGAAGCUGGUGGAUUUUGGUGUGAGUGCUCAGCUGGACAGGACAGUUGGCAGGAGAAACACUUUUAUUGGAACUCCUUACUGGAUGGCUCCAGAAGUUAUUGCCUGUGAUGAAAAUCCUGACGCUACAUAUGAUUACAGAAGUGACCUCUGGUCAUGUGGCAUUACAGCCAUUGAAAUGGCAGAAGGCGCUCCCCCCCUCUGUGACAUGCAUCCAAUGAGGGCGCUGUUUCUUAUUCCAAGAAAUCCUCCUCCACGGCUAAAAUCCAAGAAAUGGUCAAAAAAGUUUUUUAGCUUUAUAGAAGGUUGUUUAGUGAAGAACUACAUGCAGAGGCCUUCUACAGAACAGCUUUUAAAACAUCCUUUUAUACGUGAUCAGCCAAAUGAAAGGCAAGUCCGAAUCCAGCUGAAGGAUCAUAUAGACAGGACCAGAAAGAAGAGAGGAGAGAAAGAUGAGACAGAGUAUGAAUAUAGUGGAAGUGAGGAAGAAGAGGAGGAAGUGCCUGAACAAGAAGGAGAACCGAGCUCCAUUGUCAACGUGCCUGGAGAAUCAACCCUCCGACGUGAUUUCCUGAGGCUGCAGCAGGAAAAUAAGGAGCGGUCCGAGGCCCUUCGGAGACAGCAGCUGCUCCAGGAACAGCAACUCCGAGAGCAAGAGGAAUACAAGAGGCAGCUGCUGGCAGAAAGACAGAAACGCAUAGAGCAGCAGAAAGAGCAAAGGAGGCGGCUGGAAGAGCAGCAAAGAAGAGAACGGGAAGCUCGAAGGCAACAGGAGCGUGAGCAGAGACGGAGAGAACAGGAGGAGAAAAGACGGCUAGAAGAAAUGGAGAGGAGACGUAAGGAAGAAGAGGAGAGGAGGAGAGCAGAGGAAGAAAAGAGGAGAGUAGAGAGAGAGCAGGAGUAUAUCAGGCGACAGCUAGAAGAGGAGCAGCGGCACUUGGAAAUUCUUCAGCAGCAGCUGCUCCAGGAGCAGGCCAUGUUACUGGAAUACAGAUGGCGAGAAAUGGAGGAGCAUCGACAAGCAGAGAGACUCCAGCGUCAGCUGCAGCAGGAGCAAGCCUAUCUUCUGUCACUGCAACAUGAUCAUAGGCGGCAGCAACAGCAGCAGCAACAACAGCAACAGCAGCAGCAGGAAAGGAAUAAACAAAGCUAUCAUACCCCUGAGCCAAAAGCCCAUUAUGAACCUACUGAAAGAGCACGUGAGGUGGAGGAUAGAUUUAGAAAACCUAAUCAGGGGUCCCCAGAAGCACAGUCUAAACAGACGGGCAAAGUGUUGGAGCCACCAGUGCCUUCAAGAUCAGAGUCUUUUUCCAAUGGGAACUCAGAACCUGUUCAGCCUGCCCUGCAAAGGCCAAUGGAACCCCAGGUACAGUGGUCCCAUCUGGCAUCUCUCAAGAACAAUGUUUCCCCUGUCUCGCGAUCCCAUUCCUUCAGUGACCCUUCUCCCAAAUUUGCACAUCACCAUCUUCGUUCUCAGGACCCAUAUCCACCUUCACGCAGUGAAGUGCUAAAUCAGAGUUCUGACUCUAAAUCGGAGGUACCUGACCCCACCCAAAAGGCUUGGGCUAGAUCAGACAGUGACGAGGUGCCUCCAAGGGUACCUGUAAGAACAACAUCUAGAUCUCCUGUCCUGUCCCGUCGAGAUUCUCCACUGCAGGGCAGUGGUCAGCAAAACAACCAAGCAGGUCAGAGGAAUUCCACAAGCAAUAUAGAGCCUCGUCUGCUAUGGGAAAGGGUUGAGAAGCUUGUACCAAGACCAGGCAGUGGCAGCUCUUCAGGUUCAAGCAACUCUGGCUCUCAGCCAGGUUCCCAUCCGGGAUCGCAGAGUGGCUCUGGUGAACGGUUCCGAAUGAGAUCGUCAUCCAAAUCUGAAGGCUCUCCAUCUCAGCGUCAUGAGAAUGCAGCCAAAAAAACAGAAGAGAAGAAGGAAGUCUUCAGACCCCCCAAGCCUGCUGGAGAAGUGGAUUUAACUGCACUGGCAAAGGAACUGCGAGCAGUUGAAGAUGUGCGACCCCCACAUAAGGUAACAGACUACUCAUCAUCCAGUGAGGAGUCUGGGACGACAGAUGAGGAAGAUGAUGACAUGGAACAGGAGGGAGCAGACGAAUCUACUUCUGGGCCAGAGGAUACCAGAGCAGUGUCAACUCUAAACUUAAGCAAUGGUGAGACAGAGUCAGUGAAAACCAUGAUUGUUCACGAUGACGUGGAGAGUGAACCUGCCAUGACUCCUUCCAAGGAGGGUACUUUGAUCGUUCGACAGAAUACAGUUGACACAAAGCGUGCCAGCCAUCAUGAGAGCAAUGGCUUUGCCGGUCGCAUUCACCUCUUGCCAGAUCUCUUACAGCAAAGCCAUUCCUCCUCCACUUCCUCCACUUCCUCCUCCCCAUCCUCCAGCCAGCCGACACCCACCAUGUCCCCACAGACACCCCAGGACAAGCUAACUACUAAUGAGACUCAGUCCGCUAGUAACACGCUCCAGAAACACAAAUCUUCCUCCUCCUUUACGCCUUUUAUAGACCCCAGAUUACUACAGAUUUCUCCAUCUAGUGGGACAACUGUGACUUCUGUGGUGGGGUUUUCUAGUGAAGCAAUGAGGUCAGAAGCAAUAAGGCAAGAUCCCACCAGGAAAGGGUCAGUUGUCAACGUGAACCCCACCAACACACGACCACAGAGCGACACCCCAGAGAUUCGCAAGUACAAGAAGAGAUUCAAUUCUGAGAUCUUGUGUGCUGCCUUAUGGGGAGUUAAUUUGUUAGUGGGUACUGAGAGUGGUCUGAUGCUGCUAGACCGAAGUGGUCAAGGGAAAGUUUAUCCACUAAUCAAUCGAAGAAGAUUCCAGCAGAUGGAUGUACUAGAAGGGCUGAAUGUUUUGGUGACGAUAUCUGGGAAGAAGAACAAGUUGAGAGUUUACUACUUGUCCUGGUUAAGAAAUAAAAUUCUUCAUAAUGAUCCAGAGGUAGAAAAGAAACAGGGUUGGACAACUGUGGGUGACUUGGAAGGCUGUGUGCACUAUAAAGUUGUAAAAUAUGAAAGAAUCAAAUUCUUGGUAAUUGCUCUGAAGAGUUCUGUGGAAGUCUAUGCAUGGGCACCAAAGCCAUAUCACAAGUUUAUGGCUUUUAAGUCAUUUGGAGAAUUGGUACAUAAGCCAUUGCUGGUGGAUCUAACUGUGGAGGAAGGUCAAAGGCUGAAAGUGAUCUAUGGUUCCUGUGCUGGAUUCCAUGCUGUUGAUGUAGACUCGGGAUCAGUCUAUGAUAUUUAUCUACCAACACAUAUCCAGAGUAGUAUCCAACCACAUGCAAUCAUUAUUCUCCCAAAUACUGAUGGGAUGGAGCUGCUAGUUUGCUAUGAGGAUGAAGGUGUUUAUGUUAAUACAUACGGGAGGAUCACCAAAGAUGUGGUUCUACAGUGGGGAGAGAUGCCUACAUCAGUUGCAUACAUUCGAUCCAAUCAGAUUAUGGGCUGGGGAGAAAAGGCUAUUGAGAUACGAUCUGUGGAAACAGGGCACUUGGAUGGUGUUUUCAUGCACAAAAGGGCACAAAGGCUCAAGUUCUUAUGUGAAAGGAAUGACAAGGUUUUCUUUGCCUCUGUGCGGUCUGGUGGAAGCAGUCAAGUUUAUUUCAUGACCCUAGGCAGGACUUCUCUUCUGAGCUGGUAGAAGCAGUGUGAUUUGACAAAGGAUCACUGACAUCCAGAGUCUUUUGAGAUCUUCAUAACUUGGAAUUAUUUGCAACUGGAGUACAGACCUGCACAGAUGCAGCACUUCAUGUACAUGUGUGCACAGGCAUCACUGGUGUUAGGUUUCUUUUUGUUCUUAAAAUGAGGCUGCAAUGCAGCUGGUGCUGUAAAGUUCUUGCCAUCAGGUGCUAUCUGUCUUUGAGAUUUGGGAUCACACUAGAAAGCAACAGGUUAUGGGAUUUUAUUUUUUUCCUUCAGCUCCAGAAUUCCUUGGCUUUGAAUGACUCUGUUUGUUAGUAUAAAAGAAAAAAAGAGAUUUGAGAUGAACAUGCUGUUAAAUGGGCAGAAGGCAGGAAAGAGAAGGUGACAAGUGGUGGCGAGAGAGUCAGACUUGCUGAAGUGGAGGGCAGAUCUAGUCUAGUAAUGUUAACAAUGUAUUUAAUUGACAUUUCUUUUUUGUAAUGUGACAUUAUGUGGACAAAGAGGAAGGUGCAGGUUUUAAGAAGUUAAUAUUUAUAAAAUGUGAAAGACGCAGUGGCUAGGAUAACUUUUUUGGGGAGGGGGGAGGGUGGAAUUCCUGGGUUUUUUUGUUUCUUUUAGUUUUAUUUUGGCUUGGCCAAUAACUUAGUCAUUUUUUCUGUGUACCAGGUUUUGCCUGAAAUGUGCAGAUGAUUAAAAAAAAAGAGAAAAAAGAAAAAAGAAAAAAAAAGUUUAUUCAUUUUCUAUAAUGAUUCUGUGUUAGGCCAGAACUUGGUUGUGUCACAGUAUUAGCACUGCCUCAGUUAAAGGUUUAAUUUUUGUUUAAACCUAGAAGUGCAACAACAGGUUUACCACAGUCUGCACUUGCAGAAUUAAAAAAAAAAAAUUCCAGACUACAUAUGUUUAUUUUUUGUGCCUACCUCAUUGUUUUUAAUGCAUAAAAUAAAAGAGGUGGUUUCGUUU